AUGGACCUAGUGGUGGUGAAAUAUUCCCUUGUUAUGAAUGUGGAAUGUGUUUUCCUCAGAAGGCAGAACUUGACCUCCACCAAAUGGUUCACUCCACCAAGAAGCCAUUUCAGUGCACCGAGUGCGGGAAAUGUUUUUGGCUAUAGAUCGCUACUGGCUACCCAUCAGAGGAUCCACACGGGAGAACGCCCCUUCGCCUGUCCGAUUUGCGAUAAACGCUUCGCACAGAAAAUUACUCUUGAAAACCACCAGCGAACCCACACGGGAGAAAAGCCCUAUGAAUGUGCUCAGUGCCAGAAAUGUUUUAGAAGCCAACCGGUUUUGAUUGCGCACCAACGUGAGAAAGCCCUGGAAAGGCUUCUGGAAUGCAGUGAAUGCGGCAAGCAAUUCAGUCAUCGGUCCGCACUGAUUGUGCAUCUCCGAGUUCACACGGGAGAGAAGCCAUUCACCUGCUCUGAUUGCGGGAAACAGUUUGCGCAGAAGGUGGGUCUUCUUGUGCACCAAAAGACCCACACAGGCGAGUGUCCCUUUACCUGUCCAGACUGUGGGAAGGGUUUUAUACAAAAAGUCGGGCUGGUCAAACACCAGAGAGUACACAAAAACCUGAAACCAUUUUGGUGCGGUGAGUGCGGAAGAGGAUUCCAAAAUCCCGCAGCUCUGGCCAAGCAUCAAGAGACGCAUUCUGGCAAAAAGGCUUCAUGGUGCUUGGAUUGUGUCAAAUGUUUCAGGGACCCGUUGGCUCUGGUCAAGCAUCAGGAGAGUCACAGAGAAGAGAAGCCCAUCGAGUGCAUGGAGUGUGGGAAAAUUUUCCGGUUCAGGUCGAUGCUUGUCACCCAUCAAAGGAUUCAUACUUUUGAGCGGCCCUUUUCCUGCACCGAUUGUGGGAAGACAUUUCUGCAAAAGGGGGCAUUGCUGACACACCAACGGGUUCACACGGGAGAAAAACCAUUUCGAUGUUCAGAGUGUGGCAAGCAGUUUACACAGAAAGUACAUCUAGUUAAACACCAGAUGGUACGGAGAUGUGAAAAGUUCUUCCCAUGUCUGGACUGCGGCAGGCAUUUUAGCCAGCAAUCAAAGCUCAUCAUCCAUCGCAGGAUUCACACGGGAGAGAAGCCGUUCCCCUGUCUGGACUGUGGGAAAGGGUUCACCCACAAGUCCUACCUGGUCCAACACCAGCGGAUCCACUCGGGUGAGAAGCCUUACCUGUGCUCCGAGUGCGGAAAGUGUUUCACCCGCAAAGCGGAUCUGGUCACACACUUCAGAAUCCACACCGGCGAGAAGCCCUUCCCCUGCGCCGAAUGCGGCAAGUGCUUUACACAGAAGUCGGCGUCCGUGCGGCAUCAGCGGUUCCACACCGGCGAGAAGCCCUUCCCUUGCGGUGAGUGCGGGAAGUGCUUCACACACAAACCUGCUCUGCUGAAACACCAAAAGAUUCAUAUCCGGGAAAGAUGCACCAAGGCACUGCAAUGUAUGGACUGUUGGAAGUGCUUGGGGCAGAAGUAA